AUGGGAGUUUUGGAAGUCAGAGGGAAUGAGAAGAAAAGGAAGCUGCCUUGGAGUGGAUUGGUUUUCGACAGCAAGGAAAAGGUGACUCUCACUUGUCCUCAGGCUCAAAGGUUCCCACCCCAUCUCAGGCUCGCAUUAGCCAGGGCCCAGCAGCAGUCAGGAGCCCAUACAGCUACAGCGGCCAUGACGUCCUCUCAUUUGAGGACCCCGCCCCCUGAGCAGAUGUCGUCGGUGCCAGGCCCAUCCCUGGCCAAUGGGGUUGUCAGAUCUGCCGGGCGCGGUCAGCGCAAGGGCAAGAACGCGUCUUCUUCUUCGAGCCGUAAACCGCGGCACGUACCAGUCGUUGAUAUCAGGCCCAAGCCGAGCAGGAAAAAUUCAGUUUUUCCACCGACGAAAUCUCAGAUCCCCACCACCAGUUAUCAAGACCAGUACCAGCAGCAACCACAAGUCUUUCCGCUCAAAUUUGAACCAGGAACUUUCGAAGAUACGAACUACGACUUUGAGCAAGCAAUAGGGCAUAAUUUCAAUAGCCUCUACCUUUUAGAACCGAUUCCCGCUUUCCUCCCUCUCCCGCGCCACAAUACCCACAUAGGGUAUUACCAGCCAUCCCUUGGAGAAGGAGACCUGGGCAGAAUGCCACAGGAUAUGUCGACGUGGCAGCCGGAGCGUGCUGUGCCCGACGCUGCGGGCCAAAUGUCAGCGAUGCCCAGCUACGGGCCCCCUGCCGAGAGUCCGUACGACUGGGAGCAGGACUACCAGCAGCAGCACCAGCAGCACCAGCCACAGCAACAGCAGCAACAACAGCCACAGCAGCAACAACAACAGCAGCAUCAAGGUCCCGUGGCUGCUGAGACAUCAGCAGCAGCCCUUGAAGCAAAUGCUUGGCAAGAUGCCAUCUCCCGCUCUGGUCUGUUUGACCAAACCCAGCUUGGGCCACAAUAUUGGCCAACAUACCAAGCAGUACCUGGCUUCACAGCCACCGGUGGGGUCGGCUUUUCCGACCCCAUGAGCUUCACCAGCUGGGCCCACCAGCAGCCCAUGCCCGCCGCCAGCGUCUCCCACGCACAAACGGAGAUCCCCCCGCUGGCCAGCUUCGCCCACCACCACCAGACACCUCCUGGAACCGCAGCGACGCAACGAACCGUGUCGCCCAGAGACGUCUUCAACGACGACUUCCUCCUCCCCCCGGCUCCGUUCCGAACCAGCAGCCAACGGCUCGCGAGUGAGGACGAGCCCAUGACCAGUAACUCCCCGCUGCUGGAGCAGUCGCAGCUUUACCGCCGCGGCCGCGGUCAGAUAGAGGCCCAGCAGCCUCUAAUCCACCGCCCGUCGUCGACGUCUUCGUUCGCGAGCAUGCUCCGGGCAAACGAGCGCCUCAUGGAGGCAAGCGAGGAUGGGAGCGUCAGCGGCGCCAGCGUCGUUGGCGGCUUUAACAACAGCAGCAGCAGCAGCAACAGCCAGUUGCCCUCGCGUACGUUCUCGACGGCGAGUAGAGAUUCUGCUCGUCGGUUGCUACCAAACGAGCCACGGUCAAGCCGGGCUCGCUUUGCUUACCUUCCAAGUGACGAUCGUCAAAGUCGUGAGGAAGACGAAGAGGACGACUACGAUGACGACGAAGACGACGACGAAGAGGUGCCUUCGCACCCGUACGGCACCAGGAUCAGCGCUCGCACCCCCGUGCAGUCCAAGAAGCAGCCGACCGAGCCCAGCAUUGGUCCCCAGUCCUCCCAGGCCCCGGGCAGCGGACCAGCCGGUCCACCGACCGAGAACUUCCCGUCGGGACGCCUCCCAGAGCACGCCUCGUCCGCUGUCGAGAACCUCUUCAUCCACGAGAUGAGGGAGGAGGGACUCUCGUUCCGAGAGAUCCAAGCCGCGGGCCCCUUUGUGCAGGCCGAAUCGACCCUACGGGGCAGAUACCGGACCUACGUCACCGACAAGGCGCUGCGUCCUCGCAAGGCGGAGUGGACUGCUGCCGAUGACGUCUUCCUCUGGGACGCGGUCCGCCACUAUCGCCGUGUGGGCAGGCACUCCCGGUCCGACCACAUCCCGUGGCAAAAAGUCCGGGACUACAUCUUUGAGGCUGGCGGGACGCACAAGUUCUGGUCGGCCAGCUGCCACAAGCGCUGGAAGAUGCUGCGGGACCAGAAGCUCAGGGGACGGGCUGGAGGCAGUGGCGACGCUGGUGAUCCAAAGGACACCAAAGCCGGCUACUCGCUCAAUAUUUACAAUGACGAGUAG